AUGAAGGAAUCUCCGCGCCAGGCGGAGAAGUCACUCCGCCAGAGCGAACACGAGCCUGGCGAUACCUUUCCCGAACGGCAUGUCUACACCCCGCUUGACGUCGAAGGCAAUCGCAGCUACUUGAGAGAGGCCACACACAGUCCCCAGAACCCAGGAUCCUCGCAUGGAUCCCGCGGGCCUUCCGGCCAACGUUACGGGGAUGCAAACGACUUCAGCCAAUCUUACAUGUCGAAUCCUAGAUUCGACGCGGCCGCUACUGCAUCGCAUGAUCCACGUAAUGCCAUGCAGACAUCGCGAUUCGUUCCCCACAGCGACAACAACCAUCUGCGUGGCGUCAAUAGCUACGUUGAUCUGACCAGCCCGAGCUGUCGGAAAAGCGAGCUCAUGAGCAAAAGUCCCGCGCAUGCAUAUUCGAUACACCAGCGGUCUAUCUCCAGGGAAGGCCCUUCGCUCGCGUCUAUGCCGUCGACAGAACACUUUAGCAUGGUACCGCAGGCGGCAAGUCCGCUUUACGAACCAUUCCGAGGUCUUUUCAGUGACUCUGGGCACGCGAAGGAAUACCGACAGAACAAGAUGAGAUUCAACCGUGAACCAUGGAGGGAUCCUGCCACUGACCCGACUAUCGAGAUGGUGGAACGUGAUCGCGACCACAACGUAGAGCGCAUCUACAAUGCGAUGGUCAGCGGAGAUCUUGCUAGAGACAACCCCAAGUCCACGGCGCGGAAGAGAUGGAUCGAAGAGCCACAUUACCAAUCCGACUUGGUGGAAGCAUACGCCCACAAGGUGUUCGACUGCCUGCUCGAGCAGGUCAGGAAAGGAUUCCGCGGUUGGCAGCAGAACGACUAUGUCAACGACGAGCGCAAGGGCGAGGACGAGGACAAGGAUACCGACUGUGCCGGUCGGCUAGAUAACAUCGUCACCGCCCUAGCACAAGAGAAGUGCAUCUGCGAGAACGUCAUGUGCUCGGCGUGGCAGAUCCGUAUGUUCGUCAACGCACCUAAGGCGUAUUCCAAGCGUAAGGACCAGAACCGGGUGGGUAAUAGCAAGAGGCCGAAUGCGAAAGGUCACAGUGUACCUGAUGACAAUCCGCGCGCAUCGAAGAGGUCUCGUACCAGCGCUGCUCCAAGGACCGGACAGGCGCGUGGUCACUCUUCACCAGCUUCCGAGCUGCCGUUGUCGCGUGGGAACACACCACAGGAGUCUUCGGGACCGACAGGCUCACCGUACUUCACUACGCCAGUAGCCCAGCGAAUGACGGCCUUCAGUCCUCCGUCUAGGUUUCUAGCACCUCAGGCCCCGGCCAUGCGUCCUCCUCCUCGAUCGUACCAUACCUCCUUCGACCAACGCCACAUCUCCGCGUCGUCGCCUCCUAUGCAGUCAUCAUUCGCACAAGCGCAGACUCCAAAGGGUCAGCCUCUCUUACCAAUCACCUCAAUCUCACCUACUCAGCAUUCGCCAUUCCCACCUCCGCCCAUGCCACGGAGCAGAUUCUCAGCUUCUGCCAGCCCCGACGAUGUCAAACCACCGAACAGGAACACAGACCCGUUCUUCAGUCCAUGGGGACAGGCAAUUCGACCAGACGCAGCCUCUCCUGACGUGUUCGCACACUUAGAUCCAGCUGGCAGCUCGGGUUUCCCAGGAGUUGAGGACUGGCAGCAUGAACCGUUCCCACAAAACGAUGCGUCCAGCGAUGCCAACCUCUUCGCGCAACAUCCUGAGAUGGGUGUCUGCCUUGCCGAUAUGGAGCUUUUGCCCUCGUUCACCGUGAAUGAUGUUGUAGGUGGGAACGUCUUCGACCCCUGGCAGCACCAGGACAGCGGGCACUGA